CGUCGGUUGGUGGUCCUUGCCGCCAGACCCUCUCCGCGCACUUACCGGGAUCUGGCGUGUCUGCUUGCUCUGAUUCCUUCAACUACUAACCUCGGCCGCUGCCUCCUCCAUCUUCAGCUUCAACCACAUACUCUCCUGGUUUGCAUCUAUCGUUUCACCGCCAGUCCGACGCGCAUCGCUGCACCGUCCCCUGUCCCGCCGCGGCCAAUCUGCUUACGCUCCGUGCGCCUCUUCGACUGAUGCUGCUCGGCGUUCCGUCGCGUGCUUCGACCAUCGACCGCGUCUUGUGAUCCCGGACACGUCUUCGGGCCACACGACGUCAUUAUACUAGCUGACGAUUCCACGUCUGCACCCCGGAGUGCCGCGACAUUUGAUUGCUGGGCUUAGCGCAGCCUUGGCUAGGAGGAGCCUCGACGGCUGUUAGGGUAGUUGGUUAAGGAGUGAGCCAUUGGCUCCAAACACUCGCUUGGUCUGGCAAGUGCCAGCCUCCAGUUUGGACGAUGGGCGUCUCUGGACUGCUGCCGCUCCUCAAGUCCAUCCAGCAUCCGCUGGAGCUGACAAAAUGCAAGGGUGAAACACUCGGCGUUGACGCGUAUGGCUGGCUUCACCGUGCUGCAUACUGCUGUGCUGCUGAACUGGGCCAGGGCAAACCUACCAAGAAGUAUAUAAACGCGGCCAUGCACCGCGUCCGGAUGCUCCGUCACUUUGGCAUCACUCCGUACAUGGUCUUCGACGGCGACUACCUCCCGAGCAAGGCAGCCACUGAGGAAUCCCGAGCACACAAACGAGACGAAAGAAUGAAGCUGGCUCGGGAGCUCCUCAAGGCAGGAAAGCCCACUCAGGCAACCCAGGAGUUCCAAAGAUGCAUCGACAUCACCCCUGAGAUGGCUUCUGCCGUGAUCCAACUGCUAAAGGAAAUGGACAUUCCGUACGUCGUGGCUCCGUACGAGGCGGACGCGCAACUAGUCUACCUCGAGCGCCAAGGCCUCAUCAGCGGCAUCAUCUCGGACGACUCUGAUCUUCUCGUCUUUGGAGCCAAGAGGCUCCUCACUAAGCUCGACCAGUACGGCAACUGCAUAGAAAUUAAACGGCGUGACUUUUGCGCGUGCCGCGAGGUCUCGCUGACUGGCUGGACGGAUACCGACUUCCGACGCAUGGCCAUCAUGAGCGGCUGCGACUAUCUUGAUGGACUACCGGGAGUUGGCCUGAAGACUGCAUACCGUAUGCUGCGAAAGUGCAAGACACCUGAGCGGGUCAUUCGAAUGCUGCAGUUCGAGGGGAAGCGCGUCUCGGAGAACUAUUUGACGCAGUUUUACCAGGCGGAGCUGACAUUUCUGCACCAAUGGGUGUUCUGCCCGACCAAGAAGGAGCUCGUGCACCUAACAGAACUGGGAGAGUCAAGGACGGCCGGGGAGAUGCCAUAUAUUGGUUCAUACGUCGAGCCGUCACUUGCAAACGCCAUCGCGGCAGGCGACGUCAAUCCCAUCACGAAGGAACCGCUUCGGCCCCCAACGACUCCUUCUAAGCGGAGGCACUCUCAGACCUUGGCGACGCUGCCCGGGAAACUGCCUGCAAAGCCUAUAGGCUCGUACUUCAAGGGGCACUCCCGAGUCCCAAUGGGCGAAAUGGACCCAAAUUGCUUCUCUGUUGACCCUCAACGAGUCGCACAGAUCACGGACGGAGGGAUGGUGCCCCGUGUCUUUCCACUGCCCAGGCCGUAUCUGGACGAGGCGAAUACUCUUACAAGCACCGUCUCCUCGAGGACAGCUCCGGCCCCGCGAACCUCGCCUCGUCUUCAACGGCGGCGAACAGAGCCCAUCGCCAACGUGCUUGCUUCGCUCUCCAGCAGCCCUGCACCGACCCGAUCUCUGCGUGAUGUGGACGUAUCCGCCGGACCCCUGCUCACGGCUGAGGCGGCGAAUAGACCAAAGAAGAAGGCGCGACUUUGUCAUGAAGUUGACGACGGCUCGCCCAAGAAUAGCAAAUUCUUUUCUGUUCCGCAGCGCAAGAGCCCCCGACGGGCCAAGAGCGAUGCUUACCUUCUGUCAGAUGAUUCUAUUGAGGAAGCCCUCCGUGGUCUUCCUGACAUUGAUGGAUGGAAGCUCACCUCAAAACCCGUCAAGUCUAUUUCAAUUUUCAACGACAACAGUCAAAAGACUGUCCAGGACACGCAGACCACCGUCGCUGGAUCACAAACAGAUGCUCCGGGCAAUGAGACACCAGCCUCGUCGAUCGAGAUGGCCAUGCCUUCCCGAGUUCCGGCCAAGCCGCUCCCUGAGCACUCUCGGACAACCCGGACGCCUAACGGCCUGAGCCGCUUUUCCUUCUCCUCCCAAUCCUCGGACACGCCUGGCUCUUCCGCGUCGCAGCAAUCGUCCAUAUUCAGCGCAGCAUCCACUGCCUCCACGGCGCCCUCCACCAGCCGAUCGAGGCUCACGCCUCUUCAGCGGUUGGGUGCCAGAGCUACAAGUUCUUCUGCGUCCCCGCAUAUGAUCAAGUCGAAGCCGAUGGGACAGGUCGCCCGCAAGGGUCCGCCUGUGAACCCGUCAUUUGUUCCCCUGCCCAGAGUGGAUCUCGACGAGGUGGAGGCUCUCAACAGGCCAUGCGGGAGCGAGGAUCAGCUCGUGCCUGACAGCGACGGCGAGGCUGAGGACGAGGUCGAGCUGCCCCCGAAGAAGCUCAAUCUCUCUCGGUUCGCAUAUUCCUAACCGUGGCAGCCCCCGCCGCGGCCGUUACAUCUUGACGUGUCAUGAUCGUGCAUUGCCGGCGUUUGGUAGCCUGCUUUACUGUAUACACUAUGCUGCGGAAGUAGUCAUGUCCUUAGCGCCUUGGCUGUUGCCAGUGCCUUAGUAUAAUGGGCCAGUGGCCGGGAUUGCAUAGCUUUUCGAUAAUGCAAGGAGGAUUGCGGCGGACAUGCGGGUCCCGUCUCUGGCGAGGACAUAGAACGGACCGAGUAUCCUAUGUGGAACACAACCUGUCAGCUAGGCGUUAUGGAUAGGUUCACUGUGCAAAUAUACUAAGGUGGCCAGGCGUUUUGAUGUC